AUGGCGGAGGCUGAUUCGGGAAGGCGUUCGAGAAUCACUCUUAUAGCAGUAGAUCAAAGUGAAUGGAGCGAGCAAGCUUUUGAAUGGUUCAUGGAAAACAUCUAUCUCGAAGGAGACCAAGUAAUUCUCUUAAGUGUUGUAGAGCAACUCCAUCUUCCAUUUCUAGCUGAUGCUGUGGUCAUUGAGGAAUGGAAAAAUGAGGUUCACAAAAUGGAGGAAGAAUUGAAGGCUUUGGAGAGGAAAUAUAUUGAUAGGUGUUCAGAUUUGAGGACUCCCAUAAGAUUUAGAGUGGAGCAAGGAAAACCAGGAGAAAAGAUCUGUGAGAUAGCUUUGAAAGAGAAAGCCACACUGAUUGUCCUAGGAAGUCGGGGUUCUGGCCUCAUAAGGCGCACAGUUCUUGGAAGUGUCAGCAAUUAUGUAAUUCAUCAUACAAAGAUUCCAGUCAUCUUGUGCCCCAAAGAUUAUCUGUGACUAAUUUAACAUUCUGUUAGGGUGUGGUGGGGAAAUCCACAUUUUCCCUUCCAGUAGCCCUCUCUAUUUAUUUUCCUUUCCAAGGAAUUCCUAAAAAGAAGAAAAACACUUUUUUCAUUUUCUGAUUUACAUGUAAGAUUUUAAUGUUUAUCGCCAUGUGCUUAUUUAGUUGGUCUAUCCUGAACGUUUAAGUUCCUUCUGAUGAAGUUAUUUUGUAUAAAGGAAAUAGCUUUGAUUUGUAAUGGAAGA